UGAUACUGACAUAUAUAGUGUCGUACGUUGAAGACUAGCCAUGUAUGAUGUAUCUACCAAGAGCUCAAUAUGUACAUGUGUUUUUUUUCAAAUAGACAAAUUUAUUUUCUCCUCUUCCUUCUUGAUUAACAAACAAAGAUACAAUCUUUAGUGGGGGUUUCUCAAAUUCCCUUUCCAACUGAUGAUCUAAAAUAUCCACAACACAAUUUGAUCUUUCUCUACCACCAAACUAACCAGGUCAAUGCUUCCAUCAAAUCCGAUAAGAAGCUGAAAGUUUCAAUCUUUUGAAUUAAAGUUAGAGUCUUGGGUCAAUUUGUAUCUGCAAUUGAAAGGUUGAUGUUAUGAUUCAGCGAAUUUGAAGCAAACCCUAAUAGAAAAGAAGCUGAUGCAGAAGAUUAUUGGGUAUUAUAUUGAUCUGUUGACUUCAUCAUACUCACCACCUACAUGGGCAAGUACUAUUGCUGGUGCCUUUGUGCUUCUCACUCUCACACUCUCCUUUUACCUUAUAUUGGAACACCUCUCUACUUACAAAAACCCUGAGGAGCAGAAGUUUUUGAUUUGUGUUAUAUUAAUGGUGCCAUGCUAUGCAGUUGAAUCAUUUAUUUCGUUGGUGAAGCCAUCAAUUAGUGUUGACAUUGGGAUACUGCGGGAUUGCUACGAAUCAUUUGCUAUGUAUUGUUUUGGGAGAUAUCUUGUUGCUUGUUUGGGUGGGGAGGAGAGAACGAUUGAGUUCAUGGAGAGGGAAGGACGUGCAAGUUUGAAAGCCCCCUUGUUAGAACACGGCUCAGAAAAGGGAAUUUUGAAGCAUGUUUUUCCUAUGAAUUUGUUUCUGAAGCCAUGGAAAUUGGGCAAAUGGGUUUACCAAGUCAUCAAGUUUGGAAUUGUUCAAUAUAUGAUUAUAAAGGCUCUCACUGCUAUUUCAGCUGUAGUUCUUGAAGCUUUUGAUCUAUAUUGUGAAGGUGACUUCAAGCUGAAUUGUGGGUAUCCUUACACGGCUCUGGUUUUAAAUUUCAGUCAGUCAUGGGCUUUGUAUUGUUUAGUUCAAUUUUAUGGUAUUACAAAGGACGAAUUGGCACACAUCAAACCACUGGCAAAGUUUCUGACAUUCAAGUCAAUUGUGUUUUUGACAUGGUGGCAAGGUGUGGCUAUCUCGCUUCUUUCUACACUGGGUUUAUUUAAAAGUCCAAUAGCUCAGCAGCUGCAGUUUAAAACAAGUGUUCAAGACUUCAUCAUUUGUAUUGAGAUGGGCAUUGCAUCUGUCGUUCACCUAUAUGUGUUUCCUGCAAAGCCAUACGAGUUAAUGGGAGACCUCUUUCAGGGAAGUGUUUCAGUCCUUGGAGAUUAUGCAUCCGUUGACUGUCCUCUAGACCCUGAUGAAGUGAGGGACAGUGAGAGGCCCACAAAAUUACGACUUCCCCAACCUGACAUGGGUGUCAAAAGUGGAAUGACCAUCAGAGAAAGUGUUAGGGAUGUCUUCCUCGGUGGUGGUGAAUAUAUUGUGAAUGAUCUUAAGUUCACAGUAAACCAAGCUGUGGAGCCCAUGGAAAAGGGAAUCAACAAAUUCAAUAAGAAGUUACAUAACAUAUCGGAAAAUAUAAAGAGGCAUGACAAGAACAAGAAAACAAGAGAUGAUAGUUGUAUCAAUUUGUCACCUCCAGCUCGGAAAGUCAUUCGUGGAAUCGAUGACCCCCUUCUUAAUGGAAGCUUUAGUGAUAGUGGAGGAUUUAAGAAAAAGAAACACCGUCGUAAAGCAGGCUAUACAAGUGCUGAAAGUGGUGGGGAGAGUAGCAGUGAUCAAACGUUUGGGGGGUAUCAGGUUCGAGGCCAAAGGUGGAUCACAAAAGAGUAAACAUGAGGAAAUAGUUAGAAACAGUGGGGGAGAAAGAAUGUUCUGCGCCGUCAUUAGAAAGGUGGUAUUGUGUACUGUACAUAUUGUAAACAUUCUUUCACCAGGCUUAGAGGCAUCUGGAAUUGAAUUUGCCAUGAUCUAGUUUUGUGGAGGAAGUUGGUGAUUCUUCUUCAAUGGCAUCUUGAAUAUCCAUUUGGUAUCAGAUGAAGUCUGAUACGAAAAGAACCCGAGAUUAAGUGUCAAUAUUUUCCGUUUUCCUAUAUAUAUUUUACAUAUGAUGGGCUUCUCAAUGUUGUAUAGAGUCCUCCAAUGUUCUCUGCCUGUUUUUGGACUUGUGUUACUGUGUAAUACUGGUAUCACAGUUUACCAGAUACAUAUGCUUUGGCCAACUAUAAAAGAACCAUAGCCUUAAAUAUGAACAGUGCAACUAUUAUAAGCAUUGAUCAUGGUAACUUGGGUGUAUUUUCAUUUGUUUUCGCUGUUUAUGAAGUUCAAUCUAGAGAUAUUAUCUGCUCUCACUC